GGCUCUGCUCGUUUUACCCUCGUACGUCGUGUAUCGAGGACAGCACUAAAUGGGCUACAAUCCAAUGGGUCCUGGGCCGCAUGCUGCCGCAGACAUUCGCCUACAAACAAUGCGUCUUUGAGCCCUUUGGACUGCAAUCUCGCCAUCUCCGUCCCAGCGUUUGCUGCAUGUAACAUUCAGAGAACGAUGGUGGACAUGAGUACGUUUCGUGUGCCGUAGAACUCGAAGGGCGUGCGAUCAAUGGAUGCUCCCAGCGUCACGCAUGAAGUUGUCCGAUCUUCCAUGAUCUCUCUCUCCCACCACAGCUCGCUUUGCUUGAUCUCGCGCAGGUACGCCAGGAAGGAGUCCGUCGUCAUGUGCCUGCGAUGGUUUUGUUCUGGCGAGGAACCGGAUAAACUUUUAUCCGGCGAAGUCCAAGCCAUUGAACAUCCAUCCGCCGCGGUGUGCAGAUGAGCUCUGUCUCCGGCGACGCCGUGAAAUCCAAUUGUCCAACGGUUGAUGAAGCCAAGACCGAAUGGCGGUCUGGCCGACUGCAGUGGUCGAACCAAGCUGAGCAUAAACUCAAGCAAGAGCUGAACGCCACCGCCCUCGCAAAAUGCCACCACCUUACUUCUGCAUUCCACGAAUGCUCUAAAGAACAUGGGUUGAUGGUCGUGUUCAAAUGUCGUGAGCAGAACCACGCCUUGAACGAAUGCCUCCACCAGUACACAAACAAAGAAGCGCUCGAAGCCCUCAAGGCCAAAAAAGUCAACGAAAUUCCCGUCGUGGUCAAGGAAGUACCUCGCAAAAAGUACUUUGAGCAGUAGAUGAGGCAACAGUUGCGUUGCUGCCACCACGUGACCUCAACGCUCCAACUUUUCUUGGGUCCAUUCGAGGAACACAAUCGAGGUCGUUCUGGGUCUUCUUCGACGAUGGAGUGUUUUUUCAUCCAAGUAAACGCAUCACUUCCUGGCA